UUGAGUGUGGAUUUCACAUUUCAAAAAUCAUUUUGUAUCCAUCACAUCACACACGCAUAUGAUGUGGAUCAUUGUGAAACAAAAUGUCUAAUGAAUGUCUUAUGCCAUCGGAUAUAGCCCGAUUAACAUAUGGCUAUCUACUCGAAACGAAUUGUGUGCGAACAGCUCAACUUUUUCUUGAUGAAUCACCUUAUCUACGUGAAUUUGCUCAAGGUAUCAAAAGUGGCUAUCAGUAUUCAACGAAACCAUAUAAUAUGUCAUUGGUCGAAACGCUUAAUGGAAAAUUCUCACGACUUGGCACCAUUCAGCCUGUACAAACAAUGAUGGAUUUUCCAAAUAUUACCACUUAUUCGUAUGAUAAUUUGUAUCAUCAAACGAAUGUCAAAGAUGGUAUUACCAUGGAAUCACAACCUCGAAACGUUAACCAUUUAUCCACACCAAAGCACAAAAUUCUCCAAUCAAGAAAUUUGAAUGCCUAUUCUCCUCGACGAAAAAGUGCAACACCCAAACGAUUGUUGAAUCAACAUCCAUAUCAAAGGCAACAGCAACAAUUUCAUUCGGAUUUAUCGGUUCAUUGCCGAUCAUCUGAUCCGAUUCAACAGGUGGCCAGUUCAUCGCCAAUCUCCUCGAUGGCUUGUGAAUCGUCUGAAAUCGAUAUCGAAGUCCAACCACAAAUUAUCUUUGAUGAACUACUGAAAUAUCGUCCAUUGCAAGAUAAAGUUGCCAAUACCAUUCAGAAAAUUAUCGAUGUCAAAGAUAAUCCGAAUGAUGUUCAGAAUGUGAAUCAACAACAAGAGAACGAUGAAAGCAUUAAAAGAUCGGAAGAGCUCAAAAGUUCAGCCGAUUCAGAGAAUAAGAUUGGUGAUAUUGAAAAUGAUCUGCUUCCAAUCGAAACGAUGGACGAAUUAUUGAGUUCACUGGCCGACGAGCCUGAAUUUCAGGAUUUCGUGCACAUAGUGGUGGAAAAGGAAAUUGCCAAUACGCCCUUUAAAUCAAUUCACUUGAACACGCCAAGUUGUACUUCGAACUCAUCGUUGAAUACGCCCAAUAUGUUUAUGACGCCGACAAGUAGUGAGCAAAAUUCAAAGGUGAAAAAUCAAAGCCAAGUGAUGCCUGUGAAAAAUUUGAUAAACGAGCUAAAGACACCGGAUAGAGGGUCGGUUAUCGCUAAUAGAUCUAACAAUACAUCAUCUGCUAAUGAGUGCAUCACUACUAAUACUACUACUAUUACUAAUAAUAAUAAUCCAGCAGCUAGUUCUUGCACGAAAAUCAAGCCAAUCUUUCAGAAUCAUAAUUUUGUGUCAAAAUUCAGUCGAAUCAAUAAUAAACAAAAAGAGGUUCAAGAAGCAUUGAAAAAUUGUUCAGCCACAAUGAACAACAACAACAACACUUUCAAUAAGAAUAAUGACGAUAAAAAAGCAUUGACAACAACCAUUGAAUUGGUUAAUGGUGGUGGUGAUGAUGAUGAUGAUGAUGAUGAUAAUAAUAAACCAAAGCCAGCAGCAACAAUGACUACUCAAGCUACAGCUCAAACUUGUCCACCACAAUCGGAUUCGAAUGUGGAAGUUUUGUCCAUACAGAAUUGGUCAGCACCCAAUACGAAUCUCACGCAACCAGUCAUAAUUCCGAAUAAUCAGACGAUAGCAUGGAGUGAUCAACAAGGUGUAGUCUAUCUAUCCUAUCCCACUACUACUGCUACUACUACGCAGGAAACAAUCUAUUACAUCGAUUCAUCCAACAUAAAUCAUCUAUCUUCGGCGCUGACCACAAAUGCAAUAACAACUUGUAGCACCGAUACAGUCAUUACUGAUACAAAACCGACGAUCAAUUUGCCGACGGCCGUUGUUGUUGACAAUCAUCAAUCAAUGAUGAAUCCAAGUAUUGUCCAAGAAGAAUCAACACAGCAGUCAAAACAAAACAGUCGUAUCGAGUCACUUCGAGCCGUUCCUAGUAUUCUGAGCAAAGGAAAAAGACAUCAACGGAUUAGUGAUUCACAAAACAGGCAGAUACAGACUAAUAGCUCAACGAUCCAUCCUCCAUCCAAUCAACAAGUAUUGACUGGUAAUCAUCAAUCACAAUCUACGAAUAGACGCAAAUCCGAUAUGCAAUUGCAAAAAAUUUCCUCUCAUAAUCAUCAACAACAAAAUAAUGUUAAUCAACAAAAAAGAAGAAUAUCCGCAAGUUCUGACGAUUCUCUCCGCAAUUCCAAACGUGCAUCAAUGGUGGAUAAAAAAGUUGAGAUGGAUAAUUUAGAAUUUAUUUCAUUCAGAAAAUUUUAGGCUCAAAUAUUGAAGAAUUUUUGGUAAAUUAUCACAACAAAAAAGAUAGACAAGGAGGCAAUUUGUCAAAAUAAACGUAUAGAUUUUACAUUUA